AACAAGAGAAAAAGAUCAGAUGAACUGAUGACUGACAGCAUGUGACAGACAGACAGGUAGAGAGACAGACAGACAAACGUACAGGUAGAGAGAUAGACAGACAGGUAGAGAGACAGACAGGUAGACAGACAGGUCAUCAUGUCCAUCAGUGUGAACCUGAAGAGGAUCUCCAACCUGCCCGGACGCUCCGACCGCAAAGUGGAGCUGUGCUUCAGAGGUUUCACCCAUAAGACCAGGGCUCUGCAGUGUGAGGAUGUUGCCGUCUUCAACGAGUAUUUCCGGUGGCCACACUAUGGGAAGCUGAUCAGAGAUGAGGUUUUAUCAGUCAGUGUCUACAACUGCAGUAAAGUCUUCUCUAACAGACUGUUAGGGAAGCUGGUUGUCAGUCUGCAGCAUGUUGUCACCGCGGGGAGGCUGUUGUUACGGGAACCGCUCACUGACGCCAACUACAGCCUUACUGAUAUCUACAUUGAGCUGGACGUGCGGUACCACCCUGUGCAGGGGGCGGCGGGCGGCUGGGAGGGAGACGACUUCCUCCAGCUGGAGGACAAGGACGACUCAGCUCUGAUCAUCAGGAACGUCGGCUUCAAUGACCCCGAGAGCCAUGUGACUGUCGCUCGCCCAGACCGGCUGGAGCGAGAGGUCCGGCAGCUGGGGCGGAGUCUGAUCCGAUCCGGGGGCAUAGAUGACGAUGAUGAUGAUGAUGAUGAUGAUGAUGACAUCACAGACCUGGAAGUCGCCAACAUCACCAGCACUCCCCUGCUGAGUCGUUGCAGGCCGCUGUCCAGACAUGUUGUGGCUGCAGCACCGAGAGUCCAGAGUUUCCAGGUGAACGUGAACAUCCUGGAGGCUCAGAAGCUGGUUGGAGUGAACAUCAACCCGGCUGUGUUCAUCAGAGUCGGUGGGCAGAAGAAACACACAGCGACGCAGAAAUCCACCAACUGUCCGUUCUACAACGAGAACUUCCUGUUUGAGUUCCAGGAAGCUCCAGAGAUCCUCUACGAUAAAGUCAUAGAGAUAAAGGUGUUCCACAGGCGGGUUCUCGCAUUUCUGAUGACUCACAUCGGAACCUUCAAGAUUGACAUCGCUACCGUGUACAACCAACCAGACCACAGGUUCUACCAGAAGUGGGCGCCUCUCAGUGACCCAGCAGACACCAGGUCAGGGGUCAAAGGUUACGUCAAGGCCAGUCUGAGUGUGAUCAUGAAGGGAGACGCUCUGAGCAUGCCCAGUCUGCCCCCGGCCUCCAGCUCAGGAGCCAAUGAGGACAUAGAGAAGAACCUGCUGCUUCCUCGUGGUCUGGGUUCCGAGCGUCCCUGGGCUCGGUUCCAGGUGCGGGUCUACCGGGCGGAGGGCCUGCCCACCAUGGAGGCGGGGCUGAUGGCCAAGAUGUCAAAGGUCACCGAUCGGACUGUCUUCAUCGACCCCUACGUGAAGGUGACCUUUGCUGGACAGCAGGGAGAGACGUCGGUCUCCAGUUCCACCAGUUCUCCGGUGUGGAACGAGCAGAUCUCCUUCAUUGAACAGUUUCCUCCUCUGGCUCGACGAAUCAGAAUCCAGAUCCUCGAUGAUGCCAACAUCGGAGACGUUGCCUUGGCGACGCACUUCCUGGAUCUGCAGCAGAUCUCCGAUCCCACCCGGAACGGGUUCAAUCCCACUUUUGGUCCAUGUUGGGUUAAUCUCUACGGUUCUCCUCAGAACUCCACACUGGGAGACAUUCACCAGGCUUUGAAUGAGGGUUUGGGAGCUGGAAUCUUCUACCGAGGUCGAAUCCUAUUGGCUCUCAGUGUGAACAUUUACUCCUCCCCCUCUGCUGUCCCCACGGAGACAGGCCCCGCCCCCCUGGGAAAGGUGAAGGGAGCGCUGGGCCGGCUGGGACUGAAGAGGAAGAGGAGCAGCAAGUCCAAGCAGAAGAAGGAAGCAACUCAGCCAGCCAGCGGACUGAUGGAGGAGUCAGGAGAGGCGGGGCCUGAGGUGCCUGAAUCUGUUACCGUGGAGAUAGAGGAGGUCCACCCACUCCCUGAGGGGUUCCUGGGGGACAAGGAGGAGUUCCUGCUGUUUGCGUCGCUGUUUGAAGUCACCAUGAUGGACCCGUCUGUGGGAACCCGGCCGCUGACUUUUGAACUCUCCAUAGGGAAUUAUGGGAAGGUGGUGGAAGUGGACAGAGUCAAGAAGAGCAGGAGCAAAGAGGAGCUGAGGAGGAGGAGGGAGGAGCAGGCAGAGGAGGUGCAGGGUCUGCUGGAGUCUGAGGAGGAGCUGGACAGAGAGGAGCUGCUGAGUCCUGAACCCGACAGCAGAUCCGUCUCCGCUGCCAUGAGACCCCAGCCCACCGAGUACGACAGGUCGUUCAGCUGUCUCCCUCUCCAGCCCCCGGCAGUGAGACUGAAGCCCUGUCUGUCUGUCUGGAGUCAGUUUGAGGAUCACAGUUUCCGCCUCCAUCAGGCCAACUGGCUGAGCAAGAUGGCCGACCGCCUGGAGAUCGGCGUGGAGGAGGUAGAGCGUCUCCUCAGGAGGCCGAGGAGCAAAGUGAAGGAGCGUCUGGUGGAGGUGCUGCUGGAGCUGGUGGCCUCCUGCAAACAGUUCAGUGUUUUUGCAGACAGGAGGGUUCAGUCACGUCCCAACAACCUGGACAGAUGCAGGAAGGAGUUUAUCAAGAAGAACCUGGUGUUAUUAGCCCGGCAGGCUGUGAGGGCCAAGAAGAGGAUCACCAGGCGGACGGCUAAACAGCAGCUGGUCGAGGCCAAGAAGAUUCUGAAGAAACUCCGCCAACUGGCUAAAGAGCCCCAGAGUACGAUCCCAGAUGUGUUUCUAUGGUUACUAAGCGGAAGCAAGCGAUUGGCCUAUGUCAGAAUCCCCGCCCAUUCCAUCCUGUUCUCACUGGUGGAGGAGCAAAAGGGGCGGGACUGUGGCAAACUCACCACCCUCUACAUGAAGUCUCCAGGAGGUCCAGCAGGGGAGAUCUUCGCCAAGCUGGAGGUCUACCUGUGGCUCGGACUGACCAAGUACAGUAAGGAGGUGAUCAGCUCGCUGCCGGAGGAGUUCCUGCCGCUGUACGAGGAGCAGGAGGCGCAGCAGGAGGACGAGGAGCGCAGGCCUGCAGCUUCGGGCAGGAGGAGGGUUCCUGUCAGCCUGUCCUGCCAGGACAGCAGGUACUUCCAGCUGCGAUGUCACCUGUACCAGGGGCGUGGCCUGAUGGCGGCUGAUGACGACGGCCUUUCAGAUCCCUUCGCUAAGGUCUUGUUUGCUACACAGUGUCAAGUCACACAGGUGGUGUCGGAUACACUCUCUCCAGCCUGGUGUGAGUGUUUGCUGUUUGACAGAGUUCUGCUGGAGGGAACGAGGGAGGAGCUUCUACAAGACCCGCCCCUUAUUAUAGUCAGCAUCUACGACUAUGACGCCAUGGGCAGUCCCGAGCCUCUGGGCAGGGCGUAUGCAGAGCCCGAGCUGAAGUUUGUGGAGGAGCCGUAUCAGAAGCCCCGCCUCCAGUUCUAUGACAUCAGCAGGGGGAAGGCUCCAGCUGGCGAGCUAUUGGCUGCCUUCGAGCUCAUAGAGCUGGACUACUCUGGGUUUGGAGAGCCCUGUCUCCCCCGCGGUGUUGACCCUCAGGAUCUGUCCUUCCUCCCAGAUCAGAGACGCUUCAUCAUCCCAGAUGGAGUCCGUCCUGUUUUGAAGACCUUCAGGAUCGAGGUGUUGUUCUGGGGCGUGCGGGACCUGCGGCGGGUGCAGCUGUUUGAGGUGGAGCGCCCCCUGGUGAGGGUGGAGUGUGCAGGACGGCAGCUGGAGUCCGAGGAGAUCGAGAGCUACCAAACCAACCCCAACUUCAGGGAGUUGGUCCGCUGCUUCCACGUGGAGCUGCCGGAGCAGGCGUACCUCCACCCCCCUCUGACGGUGUUUGUGGUGGAGCGGCGGGCGUUCGGGCGCCUGGUGCUGGUCGGCACCCACGUGGUCCAGAGCCUCAUGAGCUACGCCCCUCCUGAGCUGGGGGAGGAGCCAGAGGAGGAGGAGGAGGAGCCUAAACCGCCAGUGAGGAAGACCACGACGAAGGCGGUCAGCGCUCUGACCACAGUGACGAAGAUGGAACUCAGCAGCCUGUCAAUCAAAAAGUCCAAGAUUCCCAUCAACCCCCUCAACCUGGUGACGGAUCCCCUGAAGAAACUGACAAAGAAAGGGGAGGAGCUCGAGGAGGAGGCGCCAGAGAAGGAGGAGCUGGAUUGGUGGUCAAAGUACUACGCCUCACUGGAGGAGCUGGAGAGACAGGCGGCUCUGGAGGAGGAGAUGGAGGAACAAGCAGAGACAGAUGGAGGGAAUCUGACCAUGGCCAACAUUGAAGAUGAGGAGGAGGAGGUCGUCGUGGAGAUUGAGCCUCCCAAACGCAAGAAGAUCGCCACGCUGAAGCUGUACGGUGGUGAUCUGGAGUCAGAGUUCAGUCAGUUUCAGGAUUGGCUGCGGAUCUUCCCGCUGUAUAAAGGCCGAGCCGGCGAGGAGGAUGAGGAGGACGAAGAGGAGAGGCUGAUGGGAAAAUACAAGGGCUCCUUCCUGGUUUAUCCGAUCGCUCCAGGAGAGGAAGACAGGAAGUGUCAGAUUACCAACGGAAUCCCCAGAAACUCACCGCUCAAAGUCCUGGUCCGGGUCUACGUGGUGAAGGCCACCGGUCUGGCUCCCACAGACCCCAACGGUAAAGCCGACCCCUACCUGCAGGUGAGAGCCGGCCAGCAGAGCCUGGACACCAAGGACAGAUACAUCCCCAAGCAGCUGAACCCUGUGUUCGGAGAGGUGUUUGAGCUCACGGUGUCGUUUCCCUUGGAGACGGAGCUGGUCGUCACGGUGUUCGACCACGACCUGGUGGGAUCUGAUGAUGUCAUCGGCGAGACGCGGAUCGACCUGGAGAAUCGAUUCUACAGCCGCCACCUGGCCUGCUGCGGCCUGGCCCAGUACUACGACACUGAUGGUUAUAAUAAAUGGCGUGAUGCGAAGAAGCCUUCGGUCAUCUUGGCUGAACUGUGUCGGAAGAACGGCGUUCCGUCUCCGGAGUACCGAGCAUCUGAGGUCAAAGUUCUCAACAAGAUCUUCAAGAUCCCACCUGACGCCACACCUGAAGAUCUGUUGAAGAAGAACCAGCGUUCUCCAGAGGAGCAGGCUGAGAUGGAGGAGCACGCGGCCCUCAGCGUGCUGCAGCGCUGGGGCGAGAUGAAGGAGUUCCUGCCUGGAGCUGUGAUGCUGGUUCCAGAACAUGUGGAGGUCCGAUCACUGCUGAACCAGGACAAACCAGGACUGCCACAGGGAUAUCUCCAUAUGUGGGUGGACAUGUUUCCUACUGACAUCCCUGCUCCGCCCCCUGUUGACAUCAAACCCCGCCUACCCAUACAAUAUGAGUUGCGUGUGACCAUCUGGAACACGGACGACGUGGUUCUGGACGACAUCAACCCGUUCACUGGCAUCCCGUCCUCUGAUAUAUACGUUAAAGGGUGGAUAAAAGGUCUAGAAGGAGACAAACAGGAAACUGACGUCCACUUCAACUCUCUGACUGGAGAAGGAAACUUCAACUGGAGGUUCAUCUUCCGCUUUGACUACCUCCCCACUGAGAAGGAGGUGGUGUACAAGAAGAAGGAGUCCAUCUUCUCUCUGGAGGAGUCAGAGUUUCGUCAGCCAGCCGUCCUCACGCUGCAGGUCUGGGACUACGACCGCAUCGCCGCCAACGACUUCCUGGGCGCCAUCGAGCUGCGUCUCAGCGACAUGGUGCGACCAGGCAAGUCGUCAGAUACGUGUUCGGUUCAGAUGGCGAAGGACCGGGCCGGCCCCCGCUUCUCCAUCUUCCGCUCGAAGAGGAUGAAGGGCUGGUGGCCGCUGAUCCGCCUGAAGAGCCUGGAGGACAUCGAGAGGGAGGAGCGGGAGAAGGAGGAGGCCAAGAAGAAGAAGAAGAAAGGCGACAAGAAAAAGAAGAAGAGCAAGAGGAACAAGAUGAAGCUGCAGGACCUCCAGUUCACUGACAGCAGCGGGAACACCUACCUGCUCAUGGGGAAGGUGGAGGCGGAGCUUCAGCUGGUGACGUUGGAGGAGGCGGAGUCUAACCCGGUGGGACGGGCCCGCAAGGAGCCCGAACCUCUGGACAAGCCAAAUCGUCCCACCACCAGCUUCUCCUGGUUCGUCAACCCGAUGAAGACGUUUGUGUUCUUCAUCUGGAGGAAGUACAAGAAGUACAUCAUCGCUCUGGUCAUCCUCGUCAUCCUCGGCCUCUUCCUCUUCCUCAUCCUCUACACACUGCCGCAGCAGAUCUCCAGCGUCAUCAUCAAAGGAUGACGAGGGGGCGGAGCUUCUCUUUCCUGCAUGUGACUGAUCAGCUGCUCCCCGUCUCAAUCACAUUUUACUGAUAAUCAAUCAAUAGAUCUCGAUGUUGACCUCACUCAGGGCUUGAAGUAGGCUGCUACUCCCUAUGCUCUGUGGGGAGGUUAGGCCCCGCCUCCCCCAGAGGCCGCCACAACCAAUCAGAUUCAUUAUAUAAAAAAGAAAAGCCCAUUCAGCCCGCUGAACCACCAGAGGAACUCUUUAAUGACGGUUCUCGUUCUUUAGAAGUGUGAACUUGAGCUAAGAGUUUUGUCGACUGCAGAAUAAAUCCAUGUUUCCUUCAUGUUUUUGGCUCAGUAGCUUGAUGCUGCUCGUCACGUUCACCUGGCGCAGGUUAGUGAGCAGCAACACACCUGAGCCGAGGCUGAGAGGAGCUCCGCCAAACACCUGGGGCCUCAUUUCUAAACGCUGCGUACCCACAAAAGAUGGCGUACGCCACUUUGUAAGCAACGUUUGGGAUUUAUAAAAAACAAACUUAACGGGAGAACGUGCACAGCUCCACGCUCCG